GGCACCCCCACCCUCCUCCUGUGUUUGUCACACGACAGCGCGGCAAAGAGACAGCGAGAGACUGCUGGGUUGAUAGAGAGAGAGAGAGAGAGAGAGAACGGGAGGAGAGCGGAGAAGGCAGGCAUCCUGAGAGAAACAGUGACAGAAGCCCGGGAGAUUGUGAUCUAUUGCUGUCACCCGUACGACCCGGCACCAUGAACCCGAGCUGUGCCCGCUGCGGCAAGAUUGUCUACCCGACUGAGAAAGUCAACUGCCUGGACAAGUUUUGGCAUAAAGCAUGCUUCCACUGCGAAAUCUGCAAGAUGACCCUGAACAUGAAGAACUACAAGGGAUACGAUAAGAAGCCAUACUGUAGCGCGCAUUACCCCAAGCAGUCCUUCACUAUGGUGGCUGAUACUCCAGAAAACCUCCGCUUGAAGCAGCAGAGUGAGCUGCAGAGUCAGAUUCGUUACAAGGAAGACUUUGAAAAGAAUAAAGGCAAGGGGUUUAGUGUCGUGGCCGAUACUCCUGAGCUGCAGAGAAUUAAGAAGACACAGGACCAGAUCAGUAAUAUUAAAUAUCAUGAAGAGUUUGAGAAGAGCCGGAUGGGAAGUGUGUCCAUUGAUUCUGGUGAAAUGGAGCGCAGAGUCUCAGACGAUGUUACCAAUUACCGCCGACUUCCCUCAGAGAGCAUGCAGUCCCAUCUGCCCCCGGCCAGUAGCUCAGCUUAUCAACAUCAAAGGCAACAACAACCGCCGCCGCCGCAGCAACAGCAGCAGCAGCCCAAAUACGGUUACCAUGAGCCAGCAGCACCUGUGGCUACUCAGCAUAGCGCCUCACCAGGAGGGAAGCGCUACAGAGCCGUGUAUGAUUACUCCGCAGCAGAUGAAGACGAGGUUUCCUUCCAGGAUGGUGACACUAUUAUCAAUGUGCAGCAGAUUGAUGAUGGAUGGAUGUAUGGAACCGUGGAGCGCACAGGGGAGACGGGCAUGCUUCCUGCCAAUUACGUUGAAGCCAUCUGAUUGGGAGAACUCGCCUCAUCUCUCUUUCUCACACAAUCAUGAAGCAUUCCAGUGCAGCCCUGUCUUAGCUUUGGGAAUGGUGGUCUCCACCUCUCCCUGCGUCAGCAUUCUUUUAAACCCUCUUUGCUGCCCUCUGGCGCCAGAAGAUAAAAAUGACCUCUUCCUUCAUCUUACACUGUAGUAACUGGAGGGAGCACAUUGAGGAGAUGGCUCCCACUUUACUUCCCCCUCUGUUUUGUCUGAUUGUCUAUGCGCUUUGCACUGGUAUCAUUUUUUUUUUUUUAUCUUAAGGAAAGGCCUUUAUUCCUAAUAUUCUCAGUACCGGUAAUUUGUGGCCUACUUCCAGAUUGAUUCGUUGGAAUCUACUUGCUUUGUUCAGUUUAUAAUGUAAUCCUCAGUUAGUAACGGUUUUGUUUUUUUGUGACAAAUUGUUACCAUCCUAUUUUUUUUCUUUAUAUCUGAAAUUCCGAUGCAUAGUAUGGAAAAUAUGGCAGGGCUGUGUCUGUUCUGCUAACCGCACUUGACAAGUCAUUGCAUUUCCUCAUUUUUUUUGUCCUUGUUCUGGUAUCACAUCCUUGUGCGAGUUCUUCCAUAUGUACUGCAGACUCCAGUGAUAAGUAACAGGUGUAUACACAUCAUCAAUCUAUAGCAGAAAGAACACCCUCGCUAUUGAGGACAGUUUUCUUAAAGCAGUCCUUGAGGCAACCAUUAAUCUUUCCAGAUAUGUGCCAUUUUAUUUCAGAAAAUACUAUAAAAUCUAUAUAGAGCUCAACUGAUUUACCGUAGUAAACAGCUUGAAAGAUUUAAUUAUAAUAUUUUACCUUUCCUUCACUCUUUCUAUCCCUCUCUUUCACAUCUCCGUAUAUUUUAUACAUAUAUAUGUAUAUUUUCCCAUUUGAUUUUUUGAAUGUCACCUUAGAAUUUAGGGCCUUAGUUAAUAACAGUCGGUGAAUAUUAAAGGGACAUUAGAAAGUCUACAUUUUCAAUAACAAGCAUUUCAAGUGUAGGCCCUCAGCGUGUGUCUUCUCCAUGGCAGCUGCCCGGGAAACAGCUGUGGUGUAGCUUACAAAGGUUUUUUUUAGUGGUUGAGAACAGAGAGAUGAUUUUCCCCAUCUCUCCAGUGCCCAGCCUCUCCCUUCCAUCCCAGAGAUGAGUAAUGCAGGUUAUGAUCACCCUUACUGAUAAAUGACUGGGGUAACCACGAUUAGCCCUUCUUCUAUAUCAUAGGCGUUAUGACCUUUGUCUCAUGAAGAACUCGGGCAGUCUUCUGGUGCUGACAUUCAACCAAAUGCAUCUUGAGCCAAAUGUCUUCUUCCCUUUCCUUUGUCUGCCUUAUUUGCUUCUGCUUAACCCCCUCAUGCACAGGCAGGUUGUGUUGUGUCGAGGGCACAUCUUCACUUGAGUCCUGGUUCUGCACAUGCUCUCCUCCUUGGGAUACACCUCCUUCAGUAAGGAGUAAGGAGAUUCCCACAUGUGGUGAUUUGUAAUGUCAGAGACCAAGCACAACUAAUUUCAAUCUUUCUAAGGUCACGUUUCUGUAAAGCACAAUUAGAAGAGCAAAAAAGUAACUGGAACUUAAUGUGAAUUCGAAGUGAGAGAUGAGAAAGUCCACAAAACUGUAAGAACACUUCAUACAUUCCUUUACUGAGCAGCGUAACAUCAGUUGAGGUGCCAUAGGAAACAUGGAAACAGGAAAUUCCUGUAGAGUCAUGCAGCCUCAUUAUACAUAUUAUAAGCUUACUGGCAAAAGUUGGGCAGGUAGGUCCCCCCAUCUUCCCACAUCCAAAAAAAAAGGACCAAGAAAGAAAUUCUUUACUCUUACAGGGAAGGGGUUAAUAUCUAUUCAGUUCAUUUCUAACUGGACCAAACACAUUCCUCCCUUUCCAUUAUUCAGUGCACUUUCAAUGUAACCCAGUGCGGAAUAGGGGAGAACAGAUAAGACACCCCUCCCAGUCACCCUCCCUCCGCAGCCUUACUGUCUUGUGUACAUGUCAAUCAUCCUUUGUCAUAAUUUUCAUUUUUUAUAGUUUGUUAUUGUUACACCCCAGCUAGGAAACCUUUGUAUCAAAUUGCUUGGGCCUAUAAUCAUUUAGAAAAAAAAUAAAUCAUGCAGCUACCAAGAAAAGCUUUCUCGGUUUACUUAAAUUUAAAAUAAAAAUAUCAUUUUUA